CUCCUCUCCCUAUUCCUCUCUCCCUCCCGUCGUUUCCGGUGUUUUUUCCACCGACUUUCAUCUCCUUGGAGGGCGGUGCCGUUUUCCUCGACCGCCGGCGCUUCUCCCGACGCCGGCGGCGGCCGCCGUUUGUCGUCCUUCGUCGUUCUCCGGUGACCCUCAGCUGAGAUAAAAUUGGAUCAAUCCAUGCACAAUACUGUUGAGGUACAAAAAUCUCAUAAAGAAUCAGGUUAGUUUCUAGGUUAUCUUUGAAGGGAUGAAAGUGGGGAAUUUACAUAAAUUGAGAGGUAAUAAACUCUCUCUCAGUCUUAUUGCUCUCCUCUGCACAAGUCUUAUUUUUUGGGCAUGGGACAAAACCCCAAUCCUCACUACUUUCCUUCCACCUCCCGAGCAGCUUGAUAUACUUGCUCCAGCAACAGUGGUUCCUGCACAAACUUCAGUAACUCCCUUAGAAAAUACAAAUGAGCAGCCAUUUGCAAAGGAAGAGUUGUCAGCUGUAGACCGACAUGGAAAUGCAUUACCUGAUGAACCAGGGGGGGAAGUUGUUGAUGUUUCACCAACAGAUUCUUCUAUGAGGAGUUCAUUGGAGAAGGAAGAUAAGGGUAAAGAAUCAGAAAAGGUUCCUGCAGAGAAUAAAGAGUGUAAUUAUGCAAAGGGAAAGUGGGUUGCAGACAAAAGACGACCAUUAUAUUCUGGUUUUGGUUGCAAGCAGUGGCUUUCACAAAUGUGGGCAUGCCGGUUGAUGCGACGAACUGAUUUCUCCUAUGAGAGUUUUCACUGGCAGCCACAAGGUUGUGAUAUGCCAGAGUUCAAAGGUUCUGAAUUCUUGAGAAGGAUGCAACAUAAAACAAUUGCUCUAGUAGGGGAUUCAUUGGGAAGACAGCAGUUCCAAUCCCUCAUGUGUAUGGUCACUGGUGGUAAAUAUAGCCCGGAAGUGAUAGAUGUUGGAAAGGAGUAUGGCCUUGUUAAAGCCCGUGGUGCCACACGACCUGAUGGUUGGGCAUAUCGAUUCCCAAGCACCAACACCACCAUUCUAUACUACUGGUCUGCUAGUUUAUGUGAGUUGGAGCCUUUGAACAGAUCCAGUCCAGCUACCCCUUAUGCUAUGCAUCUUGACCGCCCUGCAACAUUUUUAAAGCAGCAUCUUCACAGAUUUGAUGUGCUGGUACUCAACACUGGGCACCAUUGGAAUAGAGGCAAGUUUAGAGCAAACAGAUGGGAAAUGUAUGUUAGUGGAAAACCCAUCACAGAUAGAAAGCUUGCACAGAUAUGGACAGCCAAAAAUCUUGCUGUCUCGAGUGUUAUCAAGUGGCUUGAUACACAGCUUCCACAACAUCCACAAUUGAAAGCUUUUUUUAGGACCAUAUCUCCUAGGCAUUUUGUCAAUGGAGAUUGGAAUACCGGGGGAAGCUGUGAUAGUACCAUCCCAUUGGCUGGUGGGAGAGAGGUUCUGCAGGAUGGUUCUAGUGAUACUGAUGCUGAGGGUGCAGUAAGGGGAACAAGGGUGAAACUCUUGGAUAUUACUGCUUUGUCACGAUUGAGAGAUGAGGGGCAUAUAUCCAGAUAUAGCAUUAAAGCCUCCACAGGUGUGCAUGAUUGCUUGCAUUGGUGUCUUCCAGGUAUACCCGAUACAUGGAAUGAAAUACUUUAUGCACAACUGUAGGUCAUCAUUCAGGAGGUUCAUGCAUUGACAGCCACUCUUUAUGCUGGGUACCCUAAAAAUUUGCUACAUGGGGUACUCUUAAUGAACGUUCUACAAAGAAAUACAUCAAAGAAGUUCCUCUGAAGAAGUACUCUAUUUAUUGCGACACUUUUCCACACUGACGUCGAGUUUGCUCUAUACUUCUUGGUCAUCUAUUAUCUUAUAAUUGCAUACUAGAAAUUCUUGAUUGAAGGUCUGCUCUCAAAAAUAUUAAUAUAUUCUGGCGGCUCAACUUUCCUAGAGGAAAUUACAUUUGUGGACAACAAAAGCAUUGUAUUUCUAAGAGUGAUGUAGAAAGCACUUUAGUAGUGAUGUGUAUUUUAAUUAUAUGAGUUCAUUUUUGCUGAGACCUCACAAAAGAAAUGAGUCAUGCGAAUUGAAGGCCUUGUUGGCUGAGAGCUCUGUAUUGUGCUAGUUAGGCAUAUUGACUUUGGCAUAACAAAAAUUUGCCAGGCUGUAUUUUCACUGCAUCAUUAGAAAUUGUAUUAGAUUGCUUGUAUUGCUGUCAACAGCUUGAUGUGAGUUAUUUGCAGACUUUCUGUAUACUUCGAAGAAAUUUAAUGAAGGUACAAUUUAGCAACUUGUCUUAGGAA